GCACAAAACAAGAACAGAAGCGUUUAUCCAUAUUAAUCAAUAUAUCGUCACCGUCAGCACGAUUAAAAAUUCAUCUUACAACUCUUAGUUUAACAUCUCGAUCAACGAACAUGGUGUCCUCGAGCUUGCUUCACUCAAUGGGGUCUAGCACCAUCUUUUCCUGCUUGGACCAUGCACAGGAGGUGCUUCCUGCCCUCUCGUCCAAUCCGAGCAGGUCAACCAAGACAACAAGCGCCGCGUUUUUCUUUUCGUCAGGUGGAAGCUCAAGUAGUACUAGCUUCAUGACCACAGGACGAGCAGCCCGAGGGGCCUCUGCUAAACCGGAAAUGAUGAAUGCUGUUGCGGGCGACGGGAGGACCACAACAAGAACUUCUACCAGAAGGCCUACCAGAAGGAGAAGUAGAAUAGAAACCGCUUUCAACGACGACGUGAUCUGGGAGGUGUACAAUCAACGUGCUAAAAAACGCUUGGUAGAAAUCCUUACCGCAGAGAAGAACAACGUGGAACACCGUCUACGCGAGCGAGAGGCGGUCCUAAAAGCCGAGGUAGCCGCAACGAAGCGAGCUCAAAAGAAGGAAAAUGCCUUGUCGGACGAAACUGAUAAGCUUGCAGGAAGCAAUGCCCCAGAAGAUCGGGAUCAGGAUUACGAUUCAGUGGUGUUGUUCUUGUUGUGAUACUAGCUUUAAAGGUCAGCAGUCAGUGGUCACACACUGAUGCUGAACGGAAGAGACCACCUUCAAAGCUCUCCCUUUUUCCCUCCAUUUAUUUCCGGCGCUGUUCUACUCUCAAGGGGGGGUCGCCUCUACUUCGAUCUCAGUGACCAACCCCAGUGACCAAGGAAAGUUGGCCCUUAAUAGGUAUAGCAGAAGAUGUAGGUAGUUGGACUAGCGAUUCUCCCUUCAUCCCAAAGCCAAGUUGCUCGAGAAGGAAUCGAACGCCACUGGGCACGAAGCCACUGAUCUCGAAUACGUUCAGAAGUUGAUCAAACAGGUGAACCGAUUGAAGAUCGAGUUUGAGGGCGCGAAGAUUAAGGCUCAAUACCAUCUUCACAGGCAUCCUGAGACCGUUUGAUGGCACGGUUUCAAACGGUUUCAAAGGGGAAAACGAAAAAGGUUCCCGGAUGCGUGCCAAGAUGGAAGAUUUCGCUUGGUUCUAAAAAGAAGACGCUUCAAAAAGGACAAAUCGCUCUCACCUACGCCAACACGCUAGUGGAGGAAGCUAAGCAUGGAAAAUUGACCGACGAAGUCCAAUGUGUAGAUCCGAAGACCUUGGCAAGGAUUACUGAUAAUUAAGGCAGAAAACCAUGAUGACGACAAACUAAAAUCAUAGUAUUGAUUCUAGCCUUGGAAGAUGAGACCUCUGGGGCUGACAGGACCACGACAGCGCCGGCGCUUAUUUAGUAGCCGGAGCUAAGUGCUUGCCUGACGGGCCUUUUUUUUAAUAUCCGAUAAAAAAAAGGUCUGUCAGGCGAGUGCCGAUAAUAUCGGUUUUUCUUUUUUCUAGUUAGGCCUGCUCCACCAACAGUAUUGUAGAGUUCGAGUUGUCACGUCUACUUUUACUUGCUUCUUCUUCAUUACUCAAACAAAGUCAACACUAUGUAUCUCUCCUCUUCUAACUUUCAGAGUCCUGCGACCGUGCCCGCAUGAGUGCCAAGCGUGGCGACCCAAGGCGCAAGUGCUUAUGGAAUCAGCUAGGCGAUUAUUCCUGUACCAUGGAAAAAGAACCGGCUGUGGGGCUCUCUUUAGCUGAGUUUCGCCUUCUAGAACGCAUUCGUGAACAACGACGCAGUCUGGUGGAGCUAACACGAGAGCGCAUGAAGCAGGAGAAUGUGGUGAAGACAGAUGUGAAGUGGACGAUGAGGAAUCUGCUUAUGAAUGGGAUAUUGAUGAAAAUGGAGAUCCUAUUGCUAUUGUCCUCUUCCUAGAAUAUAUUUAAAGUGAUAAGUCCAGAGAGACUGACGGGGACACGGUCACGGGCCUCUAAUUCCCGCGCACAGAAUGACCAUGUGGAUCGUUUCCUGAGACAGGAAAGAGACGGUUGGGGCCGGCGAUACAAGCAGCUUCUAGAGCAGGUUCUAGCGGUGCAGCACAAGUACGUUGGACAGUACGCCACAAGCAAAAUGCGUGCGGAGAAAGCCAGACUCGCUUUAGAAGAGCAAAAGGAAGUUCUAAAACACGAUUUGAUAGAUUUUCUGAAAGAGGGCUACGAGAAAAAGCAGAAACUCAAUACGAAAUUGGCAAAAGCACAAGCUGCCGCUGACAAAGCGCAUCCGGAAUUUCGAGAUCCGAGAAAAAAUUUCAAGCCACACGAGAUCUAUACUGUGAAGCUAACACCAUUCGAGAAGAAGGCCUUGGAGAAGCUGGACAAGAUUUAUCCGGCAAGCAUAGCAGCAGUGGAGCACUCGGAGGUGGACUUAACAUCCUGGGUGCACCGACUACAACAAGCGUGGGAUGAAGUAAUGCGACCAGGCGAGGCCCUUCAUCCCGACCUGAGAAGUGAAGCGCGACUCCGCAAAUUCGCUUAUCGGUGCGAAGACAUCGUGGAUGCACCGGAAAAUGCUAGUGCUAGUCUCAAGCUGCGACGAUUGUUCAGACGUUCUUUUAGUAGUUCGAGUAGUCCAUCGUCGAGGAGAACAACAUCUCCUGAUGAUCCUGAUCCUGACAAUAAAGAAACUUCAUCUACUAGUUUGUUUGGCGGAGGCGGAAGCUUCUUGUCGUCUCUAGGUUUGUUCCGUGGUUCCCAAGACGAUCACAAGUUGUCGUAUGCCGAUAAAGUCGCUGGUAAGCAUGACCAUGUAAAUUUCGACACCAAUCCGAACAAGAACAAUUAUCUUGACCCUGGCGGUUGUGCGACGACUAGCGCUACGUACCUUCCUAACGGUGGAUACCGGCAUCACGUGAAACGCGAACAUAAUGCGAGAUUGAAUGAAUUUUCUGCCUACGAGAAGUUGCGUCGCAGUUUCCUGUUGUCGAAUCCUGUGGUGGAAACGCUCUUCUUGAAAAACCCGAUUCUAGAUGCUUUGAUAGUAACGCCGCUGUCGUUCGCGGCUACGCAGACACGACAGGCUGGAAGGUUCAUCUUCGCUGACACUUUACACUUGAUGUUAUGCCGUUUAGAGGAAGUAGAUGUAGAGAAUACUUGUCGAUAUUUUCUAGAGAAGAUGAAGAUGACUCGGACGUACUCCACUUACACCUACUCAACAAGGUAGAAAAUGAAGAUCAUUUUAAUGAACCACGUUGAUGUCGAAAUUGAACUAUGAGGAAGUCGUGAAAGAGACAAUCAUGAUCUUCGAUUACUAGCAUGUAAGGUCACAGAGACUCCCUUCUACGACACAGACUCCCUUCUAAUCUCGCCCGCUAGUUGGUUCGUUACGGCACCCAAGGCACCAGAAGCGCGACAUUUGAUGCAUGCUUUGGCACUGAAGGAAGUGCAGAAUGUGGAUUUGCUGCGAGCCUACGCGAAAUAUCAGGCCUUCUACCGAAACCAGUACGAGCCGGUGGUCGAUGCGGCGAGACUCGCGCGACGAAUGCAACAGAGAGUUGAACGCAGAGCGAAAAAAACGGAACGACAGAUUGCAGAAGCACUCUGGGUAGCCAAUGAAGCAGACAAAGUGCUCAAUUCUCGCUCACCCGCAGCUGAAUUCAUGAGUGGCGUAGAUCGAAGAGCAACAGCAUACUGAACUUGUUGUCGUGUAGAUUCUCGGAGAGCAGCGACAGUAUACAACUGAACUAGUCGCGUAAGUACAGAUUAUGUUCGGUGUACUACAGGACGACGAACUUCGGAGAGCAACAACAGCAUAUUACUGAAACGCACAUAACAAACGUGGAUGUAGUGGCCAAACAUGUGCUACGUGGUUAUGUUGCUGUUUUAGUCGAGUGGGAUCAACAUGAUGUCAUCAAAACUCAUGUCGAUGCUUGGUUCUCCAUAACUACAGUCAUGAAUAUGAUGUUGAUCGGCUUUCUAAUUCGAUUUCAUCCAGCACCUUUCUCAAUCUCGGCAUGAUCUAUCUUGCUUGGUACCCUUUCCCUCGUGCUUCAUGAGAGUAAAGGGGUCGAGAUGAGCUGCUCAUCUCAACCCGUGUACUCUCAACAUAGCACGAGCAGGGGACCGAGAUGGAGAAGAGCUGACUCUGUGGAAGACAACUAGAUAUAAUCGAAAAAAGAAAAUAACCGAGUAGCUAACUGAAGUCGCAGCUACUUCAUAAAAUCUCCAUCACGUGGCUUUUUGAUGGGUUUAGGGUCAGAAGUGAGAAGAUUGUCCGCGACAUGUUGUGUCUUCUUCUUGAUGUGGAUCUUGAUGGGAGGAGAGAUGUGCUAGUUGUGCGAAAC